GUCAGUGUUGAUUUUGAUAAACGACUGCUACUAACACACUUCGUUGCUGCUACAAAUGGAACUAAACGUAGUCGGAGAGUGGAAAUACUUCAACAUACGAUUGGUUGAGUUGACUGAUAUUCCCAAAAUUUUAGAAUUUUACGCUGAACACGGCCAUGAUCCACUGCGUGACCUUGCACCAGUUGAUGAAACAUAUGACGACUACUCGGCUGUCCGAAUUGCCGCACUAAUGGAAUCAGAAGAAAAGGAGGACGCUUUUCGGGCCGCAAGCAAAACGGAAGAAACGAUCCCACCAUUCAGGAAAAUAAUGAAUUCGCUGCACGCUACAUUGCACGAUUCCAAAUUGGGAAUGUUCGGGAGAUAUGGCGUUGAGUCGGUUGUGUGGAAUUUUCUGGUUGUGGUGGACUCUAAGCAAAGAGGGAAAGGCCUAGCUUCCGAAAUGUAUGCGCGUGUUGUGCGAUUGUUGAGAAGUAAGAAAAUGAGUUUGGCAUUUAGCAUUUAUACGAGUCCAUUUUCGAGAAGAGCUGCACAAAAGGUAGGUUUUGUGGAAAUUGAUAGAGCUUACUUCAACGAACUGCGGGAUGAAAACGGGGCUAUUAUUUUACCCAACGCAACGCAAGACGAUUUCGCGAGCGUUAUGGUUUUGCAGAUGUAAUUUCAAGCAGA